AUGAGAGUCGAGCCACCCGCCGAGUCUCCCCGCAACGACGAGACCCCCAGCCAGAAGCAGGAUCCUUUGGAGAGGCGCCGGCUACAAAACAGGCUAUCACAGAGAAACCAUCGACGGAAGAUCCGAGAUCGCAUCGCGAAGCUGCAAGAGCGGGUGAUCGCCAACGAACUGCGGGCCGCCGCCGCCCUCAACGGCUGGGAUCAGCCCUUCACGUCGUCGCCGCUUCUCUCUCCACGCCACACCUCCCAUCAGCAGAAUGACCUCAGUGCUUCACGAGACCCUUCGCCGAUGACUACAGAGCCAUCUACACCUUUUGUGCCCUCUUGCAGCGCAACAGCUACCUCCUUGUGGACGAGCGAUUUGAACUUUCCACAUUCACCAGGGUGGCUCUCCGGAGAUGCGCCCUCUAUCGUAGAUGGAAGUGGCUUCGCAAACGAUUCAAUUUGCUCGAUGCCCCGGGCGUCAUAUAUGCCAUCAGGGAUCCAACUACCCGCUCACACGGGCAUCCACGAGGGAGACACUGUCCAAGAUGUGAUUGCGAGCCCGAACUCGCUAUAUGGCGAAACAAGCUCCGCUCCAUCUAACCAGCCACUAUAUUACGUUACAACAGGUGAGCGCACGACUCGAAAAAAUACCUUCUAG